UUGACAGAUUAUAAAUCCGACCAAGGCCGUAACCACACGUUUCGUUAAGAGUUAAGAAUGAGUCAUUUUUUGAGGCAGAUCCAGAGUUCACGUGGUUAUCAGCUACAUGGCUGUAAAACGAUUCCUGUAUAACUACGAGCGUAGCAGGUCUGCAUUUCUAAGUGCCCCUUCAGUAGCGACGCGAUGGCCGAAGACAGGCUGGAGCUCCGAGACAUGGAGAAGAAUUUAAUAAGAGACAGUCGCAAAGCUAAAGAGGGCGGGUCUCCAAGCCGGAUGGAGCGGAUGAUCCAGCCGUGCGCGGCCGAGCUUCUGGGGACCAUGUUCUUCGUGUUCAUCGGCUGCGUCUCGGUGAUCGAGGACGUAGAGUCGGCGGGGAGGCUGCAGCCUGCGCUGGUGCACGGCCUGGCCGUCGUGGUUUUGGUGGCGUGUAUGGCAGAGAUCAGUGGGUCCCAUUUCAACCCAGCAUUUACUAUCCCCAUUUACCUGUGUGGGGGUAUGGAGCUGGUCAUGGUUGGACCGUACAUCGUCAGCCAGCUGGUGGGGGGCGUGAUUGGAGCCGCCAUGUCUAAGGUGAUGACGACCAAAGCCAAGUACGACGAAGCCACCGGCGCCGCCUUCACCAUCCUGAGGUCCGAGGACCAGGUGGCCAGGGCCCUGUUUGCUGAGGGAGCCAUGACCUGCCUCAUUGCCCUGGUGGUCCUACUAGGAGCUGUCAAUCACAAGAGCCGCACCCCCCUGGUACCGUUUAUGGCUGGCUGCACUGUCCUCAUCAACAUCCUGGCAGGGGGGGGCGUGUCUGGGACGUGUCUCAACCCAGCCAGGGCUCUGGGUCCUGCUCUCAUGACUAACUACUGGUCCUUCCACUGGGUGUACUGGGUGGGCCCUAUUUUGGGAGGCAUAGUGGCAGCUGCAUUGGUGAGGUUUCUGCUCGGAGACAACAAAACUCGACUUAUCCUGAAAUGACACUUAUCACCAACGAUAACGGAAGAUCUAAUUAUUGACUCUUAUAUGAAGACGACAAUUUUGGAUCGUAAGAUUAAGUGUGAUUUUGUUAUGCUCCUGCUUAAGAGAGAAAUGUGCUUAAGCAUACUUUGAACACUAAAAGUGAAAAAGAUUAAUAUUAUAGCGACUAUAGAAACACUCAUUGCAAUUUUAGCAAAACGAAACAUCUGCGCCAACGUUUUAGCGGCUGCAGCCUCACCGAGAUAUUGUGUUUAAAUAUUAUUCCAGCAGGUGGCGCUAUGUCCCAAGCUAAAACAUAUCCCGCGGUCUCAAACCAACAAAUCCUGAUUUCUGCUAUAAUAAAACAUUCCUUUCUUUUGAAAA